UGCAUAUAUCAAUGUAAACAAACUAAAAAUGAAAUCAAUUACAAUCAAGAGAUAAUUGUUUAUGUAUGCUUGCAGCUGUUACGUGUUAAAACAUUGUUUAUAUUCCCUUUUUUCAAGGCCAUUUAACCGGUCACCGUCUACCUACACUACCAUACGUAUGCGAUAUGAUAAUUUGUGUUGACUGUUGGGUACAAAGUCUAUUCAGUAUUCAACUUUCGUAAGACUGCGAGUUGCGGCCGUUAGCACGGAAUCGAGCACAACACGAAACCAACUGCGAAACAAAUUUAAUUGUUAUUAAGACUCAGAUGGGUGGAGGUGCGUCGUUAUUAGACUCGUGUAAUUUUUUUUAAUAAUACAAACACGUUUACAAAAGAGAAAGUUUGAAACAAGUUUAAAAAAAAUUGUCUAAUUUUAUUUAAAAAAUAUAUAAUAAAUUACCUAGUGCCUUAUGGCUUCAACAUUAAGACGUGCUUUAAGCCAAGCAAUAAAAAAAAGAAAUGUGUAUAAAAUUUCUUUUUUACAAAACAGCACAGAUUCAAAAAUAUUAACAUCAGUUUUUAAGGAUUUAGAAGAUUCGAAUCAUACAGUUAAUGAAUUUGUGUGGCAAAACUUGGACAGAUGGCCAGACAAAACUUUUACAGUGUGUGCAACCACAGGCCAUGGAUAUACAUACGCACAAACACAUCGUAUGUCGAUAAACUUUGCUGCAUCGCUCCGGACGAAAUUGAAGUUGAGGAAUGACGACACAGUCGCCAUAAUACUACCGAAUGUGCCAGAAUAUCCCUGUAUUUCACUGGGAAUAUUGGAAGCUGGGUGUAUAAUCAGUAUGAUGAAUCCUGCGUACAGUGCUCAUGACUUACAACGCCACCUGGAAAUGAUAAAAUGCAAAGCGAUAGUAUCAUCAAAGCUAUCGUAUCCGAACAUCGCAGAGGCCCUGAACUCUAUGCAGAAGAAAUUACCUGUUAUACUAAUAGACAACGAUGAGCUACCAGAGACAACAAUAAGGUUCUCAGAGUUCGCCAAUGACUUGAAUGUUGACGUGGACUGUUUGAAAGCCGUGAAACGGAGUGCAAAAGAUGUCGCCAUAAUGCCUUUCUCGAGUGGUACAACAGGUUUUCCGAAAGCCGUUGUUUGCACUCACAAAUCUGUUGUGGACUUUAACAAAGCCGUACUAGAUCCGAAUGUUAUUUCUGUCGAGGAGGCUACAGCGAAUUAUCAAUCAGUGAUGCCGGGAGUGUUGCCAUUUUUUCACAUAUUUGGUUUCAACGUGCUUAUGAUGAAUUUGAUGUGUGUGGGUGUUAAACUGGUAACAAUAAGUCAGUUCAAGCCUGAAGUCUUUCUCGAGACCCUGGUCCGACAUAGGACUCAACAUAUGUACGCUGUUCCACCUAUGAUUAUAUUUUUGGCAAAACAUCCGGCAGUGACGUCCGCCCAUCUCCAAUCGCUCAAAGGUAUCGUGUGUGGAGCGGCCUCUUUAGCCAAAAGCGACGCUGAAGCUCUUCUAAAGAAAAACAGGAACAUCAAAUUCCGUCAAGGCUACGGUCUGACUGAGACCAACGGUGGCAUAGCAAUUGGACGCAAUGAUGACACGAAUUAUGACGCUGUUGGACAUGUAUUUGGGAACUGUCAGAUUAAAAUUUCUGAUCUCGAAACCCAGGAGGCGCUUGGGCCAGGACAGGAAGGUGAGAUUUUGGUCCGUGGCCCGCUGCUCAUGAGCGGGUACUAUGAGAACGAAGAAGCUAAUAAGGAAGUGUUUACAUCAGAUGGCUGGUUAAAAACCGGUGAUAUCGGCAAAUACGAUGAGAAUAAGUAUUUGUAUAUCACUGACCGGCUAAAAGAACUUAUUAAGGAGUGUGCAACCACAGGCCACAGAUAUACAUACGCACAAACACAUCGUAUGUCGAUAAACUUUGCUGCGUCGCUCCGGACGAAAUUGAAGUUGAGGAAUGACGACACAGUCGCCAUAAUACUACCGAAUGUUCCGGAAUAUCCCUGUAUUUCACUAGGAAUAUUGGAAGCUGGGUGUAUAAUUAGUAUGAUGAAUCCUGCGUACAGCACUCAUGACUUACAACGCUACCUGGAAAUGAUAAAAUGCAAAGCGAUUGUAUCAUCAAAGCUAUCGUAUCCGAACAUCGCAGAGGCCCUGAACUCUAUGCAGAAGAAACUACCUGUUAUACUAAUAGACAAUGAUGAGCUACCAGAGACAACAAUAAGAUUCUCAGAGUUCGCCAAUGACUUGAAUGUUGACGUGGACUGUUUGAAAGCCGUGAAACGGAGUGCAAAAGAUGUAGCCUUAAUGCCUUUCUCGAGUGGUACAACAGGUUUUCCGAAAGCCGUUGUUUGCACUCACAAAUCUGUUGUGGACUUGAACAAAGCCAUACUAGAUCCGAAUGUUAUUUACGUGGAGGAGGCUACAGCGAAUUAUCAAUCAGUGAUGCCGGGAGUGUUGCCAUUUUUUCACAUAUUUGGCUUCAACCUGCUUAUGAUGAGCUUGAUGUGUGUGGGUGUUAAACUGGUAACAAUAAGUCAGUUCAAGCCUGAAGUCUUUCUGGAGACCCUGGUCCGACAUAGGACUCAACAUAUGUACGCUGUUCCACCUAUGAUAAUGUUUCUGGCAAAACAUCCGGCUGUGACGCCCGCGCAUCUCCAAUCGCUCAAAAGUGUCGUGUGUGGAGCGGCCUCUUUAGCCAAAAGCGACGUUGAAGCUCUGCUAAAGAAAAACAGGAACAUCAGAUUCCGUCAAGGCUACGGUCUGACUGAGACCAACGGUGGCUUAGUAAUUGGACGCAAUGAUGACACAAAUUAUGCCUCUGUUGGACAUCCAGUUGGGAGUUGCCAGAUUAAAAUUUCUGAUCUCAAAACCCAGGAGGCGCUUGGGCCAGGACAGGAAGGUGAGAUUUUGGUCCGUGGCCCGGUGCUCAUGAGCGGGUACUAUGAGAACGAAGAAGCUAAUAAGGAAGUGUUUACAUCAGAUGGCUGGUUAAAAACCGGUGAUGUCGGCAAAUACGACGAGAAUAAGUAUUUGUAUAUCACUGAUCGGUUAAAAGAACUUAUUAAGGUGAAAGGAUUUCAAGUAGCGCCAGCAGAGUUGGAGACCAUUGUCCGUACUCACCCUAAAGUCCUGGACUGCGCUAUCGUAGGUAUUAAGGACCCCAUAAGUGGUGAGGCGCCAAAGGCCUUCGUAGUGCCACAAGCCAAACAAACCAUUGACUCGAAGGAAUUAUUAGAAUACGUGAACACACAAGUAGUGGCGUUUAAAAAAAUUAAAGAGGUUCAAUUUGUGACUGAGAUACCUAAAAACCCCGCUGGUAAGGUUUUAAGACGCGUUAUCAAGGAAAAGUAUUGUUAAUAUAAGUAUUCAACAAAGUGUACUAUGGAGAGUGUUCUGAAGGGUUUGGGUUGAUCCGUCCUAUUCAUCACCUCUUCAUCACCAUACGAGCCGUAUUUUAUUUAUUAACACGUAUCGCUCUUCGAACUCUUCCAGGCAACUCUUGUAAGGAAACAUAAAUACUAAGGGUAUUUUGCAUGACUAAUAAAAAAAUACAGAUAAAAUUUAGGCUUAUUAUACACAAAAAAACCUAUUCUAAGAAUCACAAUGCAACAAAAAAUAAAAUAAUAGAUUUACAAUUAAAAAAAAUAUAAUCACUAUUAAACAGGAAAGGAUAUGGUUAAGAGGUGUUUAAAUAAAGUAAAAAUUAUUAUAUAUUAUAGUACGUUAUAAUACAUGUUUAAUUCAAUUGUUAUUCACAUUUUUUAAAAGUAUUUCGAUUAAUAAAUCAUGUAAAUAAACUGUUAAAUAUAAUACAAUAAUAAUACACUGUAUAGGUGAUAUAAUUUUGAUAUCUUUUUUGUUUGUGAUUGGUGAUAAUUAGAUAAUGAUUGUAUUUCCUCGCUGAAUUGCGAUACUUAUUCGUUGAGCAAGGAAAGCACCAGCUCUGGGCUCACCGGUACUACAAGGCGCCAAAUUAAAUCUUUAAAUAUCGCUUGAACCCCACGCCCCAAGAGGGAACGAAAUCAAAGUUGGAGGAAAGACUCUUAUAUAUGUGCCGUUUAUUAUUAAAAUGUUCCGUUGGCUUAUUAUUGUUUUUGUUAUUGAAAAUCGUAUUUAUAAAUCCCAAAAUCGGAGUUUUUAAAGUUUCAAUUUCUUCACCUGCGGAGAAUUUUAUGUCAUAGACAAAAUUGUUACAAGAAUUCUAAAACUUAUAAUAUAAUCCCUAGUCUAAGAUAAACUAAGUAUGGGUGCUUUAAUUAAGAAUUUGUAUGUUUUUAUUUAUGUAAAGGAAAAUAUAUUCGUGACUAUUCA